AUGUUUCCCAUUCUAAUCGUUCUAGUUUUCCUGACGCUGUACUUGUACGGCAAGCGGAACCAUGACUACUGGCGGCUCAGGGGCGUCAAGUACGAGGAGCCGAUGGUCUUCUUCGGCGGCAACCUGCGGCCGGCCCUCGACGGGAUGUCGUACUCGGAGCGGUACGCCGCGAUUCACAAGAAGUACGAGAACGAGAAGUACGUCGGCCUGUUCAAGGGCAACUCCCCCGCCCUGCUGGUCCGCGACCCGGAGCUCAUCAAGCACGUUCUCUCCUCCGACUUUAAGAACUUCCACUUCCGAGGCCUGAACCCCAACGAGGAGGUAAUCGAGCCCCUCUUCCACAACAUAUUCACCAUCGACGGCGAUACUUGGAAGCUGACGAGGCAGAAGAUGACCCCGGCGUUCACCAGCGGGAAACUGAAGGCCAUGUUCCCCCUGAUCCUGCAGGGCGCCGCGAAACUUGUGAAGAUGCUCGACGAGGUCGCGACAGCCGGCGCUGAGGUGGACGUCCGUGACCUGAUGGCCCGCUACACGACCGACUUCAUCGGGGCGGUCGGCUUCGGGGUGGACUCCAACUCGCUGAACGACGAGAACUCGGACUUCAGGAAGCUCGGGAAACGGAUCUCCAUGUUCACGAAAAGAGACACCCUCGUGGCGGUCCUCAAAAUGUCGUUGCCGAACAUCUUCAAGAAUCUGCGCUUCAUCGCGCCGGAGGUGGAGAGGAAGACCACUUCGAUAGUGCGACAGAUCUUAGCCCAGAGGAAUUUCCAGCCCUCGAACAGGAACGACUUCGUGGACUUUAUGUUGGAGCUGAAGCAGAAGGGCACGAUCGUGGGCGAGUCUAUCGACAAGGUGAACGCGGACGGCUCCCCCGCGAUGGUGGAGUUGGAAGUCGACGAGCGCUUGAUCACGGCGCAGAUUUUCCUGUUCUUCCUGGCGGGCUUCGAGACGUCGUCGUCGGCGAGCAGCUUCUUGCUCCACAACCUGGCGUACCACCCGGAGUGCCAGGCUCGGUGCCAGCGGGAAAUAGACGACGUUCUUGAAAAAUACGACGGAAAACUCAGCUUCGACGCCGUCAAAGAGAUGAAGUUCACAGAAAUGUGUCUCAAGGAGGCGCUUCGAAUUCUGCCUUCCCCAGGAUUCCUGCAUCGGAAAUGUACCCGUCCGUAUACGUUACCCGGGACGGACCUGACCAUAGACAAGGACGUGGCCAUCGUCAUCUCGGCGCAGGGUCUGCACCACGACGAGCGCUACUUCGACGAACCCGAGCAGUUCCGACCGGACAGGUUCGAUCCGGAGAGGGGCGACAAGAUACCCAAGUAUGCGUACAUGCCCUUCGGAGAGGGACCCAGGUCUUGCAUAGGUGAGCGCAUGGGCAUCAUGCAGUCCCUGGCCGGCGUGGCGACGGUUCUCCGUCACUUCACCGUUGUACCGGCCGAGAGCUCCGUGCGAACUCCACGCAUUGACCCCCGUUCCGGCAUCACACAGAACAUCCUCGGAGGACUUCCCCUGGCUAUUAGGAAGAGAUAGA